AUGGCAUACCAUACACAUGCUAAUGACAAAAAUGAAAACAAUUCUUCAUAUUUUUCUGAAGAAAAGGGUAAAGGGCUAAACACUGAACUACAUUCUGCCUUAUUUAGCUCAAAUUUAAAUUUAAUCAAAAGGGAAUUUCAAAAGAAAAAUGUUGACUAUAAAAAUGAUAGAGAGGGGGAAAAGAAAAGAAAAGAUAAUGGUUCUGAUAAUUAUUACUUAAGCAAUUAUAAUGAUACUAGCACCUCUAAUGAAUAUACUGAUAAUAAACUACCGAAAAAUAAUCAUACUAAACGGUUAUUAGGGAAUAAAUUUUAUACUAAACCUGGUGAACUAACGACACUUUUGACGGAAAAACAAAAAGCUCUUACCAACAGCCAACAAGCUUAUAAAUCAAACAUCUCAACUAGUAAAGAUGAAACGUAUGAUAAUGAGGUAAAUUCGAUGAUGGUAAUAGAUAAGGCUUACAUUGAAACCUGUGCUAAAAAUGAUUGGUGGGAUAAUGUUUAUCUAAAAACACGUUGUCUUUCUAUCUCCGAUAUAGAUCCUAGUGGCAGUAAUGAUAAUAUUCUACAUCGUAAAUACACAGAUUUUAUAGAUUAUUCUUCAUUAGAUGUUGAUGAGGACUCUGAUGAUGAUAUUGAAGAAUAUCAAAAUGAACAAUUGCCAGAUAGACCUAGUAUACGGUUUAUUCAACAUCCUAUUUUGAUUAAGAAUAAGUCAUCCACUGCUUACGGCAAUACUGCUACUAAAAUCUACUUGACUAAAAAAGAACAUAAAAAAUUACGCAGAAAUAGAAGGAAAUUAGAAAGACAGGUCAAAGAAGAAAGGAUUAAAUUGGGAAUGGAUCUUAAACCAACACCUAAAGUCAAAUUGAGCAACAUGAUGAACGUAAUACAAAAUAACUCUAAUAUUAUGGACCCAACAUUAUAUGAAAAGGAAGUGCGAGAGCAAGUACAAGAAAGAAAAAGAGAACACGAAAAAAUGAACCAACAAAGACAUUUGGAAGCCGUUGCGAAAAAAAGGAAAAAAAAUGCUUCUAAUGAUGAUAGUGAUGUGUCGACUAAUGAAAUCUAUUGUUGUGUUUUUAAGAUUGAGAAAAUAUUAAACCCUAAACACAGAUUUAAGAUUAAUAUGAAUGCAAAGCAGCUAAACUUACAAGGGUGCUGUUUAAGAUUACAAGAUGGCAAGGGAAUCAUUAUAAUAAGAGGGCUCGAAAAAAAUUGUAAAAAAUAUAAGAAGUUGAUAUUGAAUAGGAUAGCGUGGAGGGAAAAUUUUACCGUUGAUGUCACUAAAACUAAAAAACCCAGUCUUGACAAUAAUGCAUUUGAUUUAUCUUUGUUAUUGUCAUCAUCUCCUAACACUGUGGAGGUAAACAUGACCGAUAAUGAAGCUAAGCUAGAAUGGGAGGGAUACCUAGACAAAUCACAAGUUGUCAAUAAUGACGGGACUAAAAAAUGGUUUAUGAAAGAAUGCAAAGAUUUAAAUGAAUUGCUAAAUAUAUUAGACGACUUCAACGCAAAGGUCUUUUGGUGA